AUGGCUAGAAAUCGUAUCCUCGUGCUCGCCGCCCUUCUAGCAACCACGACCUUAUGUCACGGAGCCCGACCGCUCUUCACGGCGCUACUGACCUCCGACCCCUAUGCCGCGCAAGCCGUUAACGUUGAGGCGGGGAACGAUGCGGCGAAUAAUCUGUUGGCAGAGGCAGAAGUGGCCGCUUCUGACAACGAUAACACCGCCAGCCUUGCCGGAGCUACCGAGAUCGUCUCGACUGCCGCUGAUAACGACAACGUCGCAUCAGCUAUCCCUGAAAUGAUCCCAACUGACGUGAACAGCAAUUCCGUCGGAUUCUUGACGGCGUCCGUCUCCCUGCCAGGUUCCGACAAUGUCAUUGCCGCAUUGGCCCUUCCGCGCAGAAAGGGCUCUCUGGUUUCGGUCAUCGACGACCCUACCGAUAACACCGCCUCUGUCCGCACAUCCGCGUCUGCUGCUGCCGGUGUUGCUGACCUCAGCGCUGCGACAACGGUGACCUUCGAUGACCCCACCGAUAAUACCGCUUCCGUCGGCGCAUCCGCCGCGUCUGCUGCUGUUAUCGUGGAUGAUUUCAGCGAUAACACCGCGUCUGCUGCGACGACGGCGAUCAUUGACGACCCUACAGAUAACACCGCGUCCGCUGUCGAAUCUUCCUCAACUGUCGUCUACGACCCCACCGAUAACACCGCUUCCGCUGGGACUGGCGAUGCAGCACAGGAGGAGACAACUACGACGGCGUACGUCUCCCUUCCCGUAACCUCGCCGCACGACCCGCCGACACAAGAGUCGUCGCGUUCAGAAUCCGCCGAGCCGCUUGGUUUGGACGAACUCCGACCGGACACAGGAAUCCGCGUCCCAGAAUCUGUCUCAACGGCUCUUUCGGCGUGGGACGACGACGACAACAACUUGAGCGCCACGAGCGGCGACGGCGCCGCGGCAGCGGCGGCGGCGGCGGCGGCGGCAGAGGCGGCGGAUGAGGCGCUUCGUCUCUCAAAUGGCCCCGAAUCGGAAGGUUGGAGCGAGGACGGGGUUUUGGAAACGGGAGAAGACAACAUGAACGUGGUUAUAGCGGGGCAAAACAGCGUCGUGACUUUUAGUGAAGACUCGUCGGAACUUCCAACGGAAGAGAAUUCCUCGGCUGUAGCAGAGGAUAAUCCUACGGUUGUAGCAGAAGGCGCGGAUGCAGGUGGCGACGGGGAGGAACGCGACAAUGUGGCUGUAGCGGGGCAGAAUACGGUUGUGAUUUUUGCGAAAGAAGUCAUUGCGGAAGAGAAGGCGGACGAGGCACCGGAGAGGGCGGCAAAUGAGGCGUCGGAGGAUAAGGCGGAGGAUAAGGCGGAGGAUAAGGCGGAGGAGAAGGCUGAGGAGAAGGCGGAGGAUAAGGCGUCGGAGGCGUCGGAGGAAAGCGCGGAAGGGCAGGACAUCGCGGCGGAGGUGGAGGCGGCGGCGGAGGAAGCCGCUGCCGCUGCUGCUGAGGCGGCAGCAGCUGUAGCCGCGGCCGCGGACGCUGACACCGAGACGGCUGUAGCAGCGGACGCGGAGCCUGCAGCGGAAGGCGACGCGGUGAGCUCAGACGGCAGCGAGAGCCCGGCAGAGGGUGAAACAGUGAUUGCUCCCGCAGAGGGCUCUGAAACGGAGAGCCCUAAAACGGGGAAUUCCGAAACGGGGAGUCCUGAGACGGAGACUUCUGCGACAGCGGAAGCUGGAACAAUAGAGUCUCAGUCCACGGAGGCAGCAGAUACGGAGACGGAGCAAACUGCAGAUUCGAAUACCGACACUCAAGAUUCCGAAUCUGGGAGCAUAGCGAACGAGAGCAGCCCUGUCAGCGAGAACGAGGGCGAAAGUGAGGGUGCUGCUGAUGCUGACGGUGCCACCACGAGGACUUUGGAAGAGGGGCCGACGGCGGAAGAGAUUUUGCCGGAAGGAUCGGACGGUUUGGAAGAGGAGGCUGCUGCAGUCGCCGUCCAGUAG